AUGGAGGGCAAAUCCGGCAAGGCUCGAGUCUUUGACGAGAUGGACUCCCAGCUUAAGGCUUUGGCCCAGGAGAACGAUUUCAUGGGACCUUUGAAGGAUGAAGCCUCAGAGGUCGGGCUACGGCGCGGGCUACGAGAAGGAGAUUCCAAAAAAGGCCUUCCAAGACGUGGACAGAGCAAAGGAUACCCAGGGGACGUUACAAUACAGCGACAGUCGCAGCUAGCUCCAAGUAUGCCCCAAGGUGCAUUGAAGAAACAUUUGGAAGGUUUGGCACAAAGCCUGGAGCGGAUGCAAUGGACUGAGCAACUGCAACAACUGCAGAGCCUUACGAAGUUGAGCUCCAAGAAGGCGGCCGUUGAUGGCAAUACUCCCUUCUGCGCCACUGAGACUGGUUCCGAGGCAACUCGCUUAUGGCGCCCCGAGCGAGUGCCGCAGAAGCUUCUUGCUGUUCUCCAGGAACCCAUUGACGAUGCUCGUGUGGCACUGGAACUUCAAAUGCAGUUGCAGAGCAGUGGUGAUGGUCAAUGUGUAGGACUUGGAAGCCAAGAUCGUGUGAAUGCUUCAGAAAAUCUCACAUCGCAGCUGACAGAUGACCUUUCAGCAUCGGACGAAGCCAUUGCAUUGAUUCUCUCCCUCGACGAGCCAGACCCUGCUUUUGACGAACCUAGAAACUACCGUGCUGAAGCUCGGAGCAGAGCAGAAGUUCGUCGCCAAAGGCAGGAGGACAUUGAGGACUUGAGGUUGCGGACUGCUGAACAGACGUCCAGCGGCGAAUCCGAUGAUGAGUUUUACCAAAGGCUUUGGGGCUUGCCACCCGAUACAGAAGACCUCCCAAGGUUGAAAGAUCCCGCCCACACCACCCUGGGGACGAUCAUCCUCGGGGUGGCAAGGCGGCGACGAAGCACUUUGAACCGGCGCAUGAGAGAAAGUCCUGGUCUCAGGACGCUGCGCUCUGCCUCGCUGCCGCGGCCGGCCCCGCCCACCGCGCCGCCCGCGCGGCGGCGCCCGCGGCCGCACCUCUCUCGGCCACCAGCGCCGGAGCCGGAAGCGCCGCAGGUGAGUGACGGUGCAACCGCCUUGAUCAGCUUUAGCCCUCAACAAGGUGAAACUUCCACAGAGGUGCAAUGCACCAUUUGCUGUGAGGAUUUUGUCGAGGGAGAGCGCCUACGGAGGCCUCCUCGGGAAGAGCUGUCUCUCAGAGACUUGUCCUCGCCUUUCUUGUGGUUCUUGGCCUGCCGACGGUCUCAGAGAGGGCUCUCCAAAGCCUUGGCAGCAAAGAACCACAAGGAGGUCGAGGAAGUUCUCGCCAACUGGUCAGAGCUGAUGAGAUUGAGCCAGGUGUUGGCACAGGCGCAUGCGCUGCGACCCGCUUUUCUUCUGAGGCUCUACCAAAAGCGUGCAGAGGGCUGGUACACCGAAGCAGUGACCACCGGCUUGCAAGAAGGCUAUGUGAAGCCAGGAGAAACCAAGGGGAUUCCUUCAACCAUAUUGUUGAGAGUCAAGAACAAGGAAGGAGCGACAAAGCUGAUGGAAGAUGUCCAGAAACAUCAGAAAAAUUACAACAUGAUUCUUCAGAGAGGUCUUCAGGGCAAAGGUCACCUGGACCUCAAAGAUGAAGAUUUGAUUGGCCUCAGUGAUGAAAUGAAAUCGGUUUGGGCGAGUCACCUGGGUUCUGCCGCUGUUUGGCGCUCCAAGUAUCGAGUUCCCAUCGGCCUCGACGCCAUCGAGAAGAUCGGCUCCUUUUGCCAAAACGCCACGACGCGGCGCCGGAUCUUCGAGGCCUUCUAUGGCGGCUUUGACUCAUCCUUGGAUGAGGCAGCUCUGGACUUGCUAAGAGCUCGGAGAAAGGUUGCUGAGCAGCUGGGUUUCAGGAGCUAUGCUGAUCUUGAGAUGGCACCUAUGGCAGUGGGAGAUGAGGCGACAGCGAGGCGCUGGAUGGACCAAUGCCGGGACCGAUGGAGCGUUGGGAGCGUCGUCCGUGUCACCUCGGUCUGA